CGCUAGGAGGGAAGAAUUACUUACAAGACGGCUUAGGAGCCCCAGAGGAUUUUUCGAGAAGGAGACAUUUACUUGUGCAGGAUUUUGGAACACGAGCUACCUACCUCCCGUCGUCCGUCUUUGGUCAGCCAAGGAGGAGACAUGCUCCCGCUCCUCUAGCCCGAGAGGCCGCACAGCGACUGCGACUGCGCGCGGCUGCGCACGCCCUCAAGCCCACCCCUUCCUGCCGAUUCUUGCGGGGCGUGGCGGUGCUGGUGAGAUGGCGGCUUCCGAGAAAAUGAUGUUUCCGGAGAAACUGAGCCACAAAAAGUACAGGGCCGCCCUGAAGAAGGAGAAACGAAAGAAACGUCGGCAGGAACUCGCUCGACAAAGAGACUCAGGACUCUUACAGAAGGAGGAGGAGGAGGAGACAGCGGCGGAUGCUUUUAUUGAAGAACAAGAACGAGAAGAAGAGAGGCUGUUGGAGAGAGAGAGGCAAAAAUUACAUGAGGAGUGGUUGCUGCGGGAACAGAAGGCGCAAGAAGAAUUCAGAAUAAAGAAGGAAAAGGAAGAGGCAGCUAGAAAAUGGCAGGAAGAACAAGAGAGAAAGCUAAAGGAAGAAUGGGAAGAACAGCAGAGAAAAGAGAGGGAAGAGGAGCAGCAGAAGCUACAGGAGAAGAAAGAAAGAGAGGAAGCUGUGCAGAAGAUGCUGGAGCAGGCUGAAAAUGAGUUGGAAAAUGGCACCACAUGGCAAAACCCAGAACCACCUAUGGAAUUAAGAAUAAUGGAAAAAGAUCGAGCUAAUUGUCAAUUCUACAGUAAAACAGGAGCUUGCAGAUUUGGAGAUAGGUGUUCACGUAAACACAAUUUCCCGGCAUCAAGUCCCACCCUUCUUAUUAAAAGCAUGUUUACGACAUUUGGGAUGGAGCAGUGCAGAAGGGACGACUAUGACCCCGACGCAAGUCUGGAGUACAGCGAAGAGGAAACCUACCAGCAGUUCCUGGACUUCUAUGACGAUGUGCUCCCCGAGUUCAAGAACGUGGGGAAAGUGAUACAGUUCAAGGUCAGCUGCAACUUGGAACCUCAUCUGAAGGGCAAUGUGUAUGUUCAAUAUCAAUCAGAAGAAGAAUGCCAAGCAGCCCUUUCUCUGUUUAAUGGACGGUGGUACGCAGAACGACAGCUUCAGUGCGAAUUCUGCCCAGUGACCCGAUGGAAGAUGGCAAUUUGUGGUUUAUUUGAAAUACAGCAGUGUCCAAGAGGGAAACACUGCAACUUUCUUCACGUGUUCAGAAAUCCCAACAAUGAAUGUUGGGAAGAGAAUCGAGACAUGUACCUGUCUCCUGAUCGGACUGGCUCCUGCUUCAGUAAGAACUCAGGGAGGAGGGAGCGGCUGAGCCGCCACGACGACUACUACAGUAGGCCGCGGAGGAGGAGCAGCCCCGGGCCGGCCCACUGCUACAAGCGGAAUGGGGAGACCGAGAGCAGGAGGAGGAGGAGCCACGGGGGCAAGAAAUCUCACAAGCACACGUCCAAAAGCCGGGAGAGGCCCAGUUCCCGAAGAAGAGGAAGAAAAAGGGGCUGCAGCCGUGGCCAGGGCAGCCGCAGCUGCCGGAGCCGCAGCCGGAGCCGCAGCCGGAGCUCCUCCAGGUCCAGGAGCCGUGGCAGGAGGACGUCGGGGAGCCGAGACUGAACUCUGCAGAGUCCCACAUCCAAAUAAACUUACCAUGUCCUA